AUGGCCUUGGGGAACCACAGCACGAUCACAGAGUUCAUCCUCCUCGGACUGUCUGCCAACUCCCACGUCCAGGCUGUGCUCUUUGUUUUGUUCCUGGGGAUUUACCUCUUGACCAUAAUGGGAAACUUGAUUAUGAUGCUGGUGAUCAGGGCUGAUUCCCACCUCCACACACCCAUGUACUUCUUCCUGAGUCACCUUGCUUUUGUUGAUCUCUGCUUCUCUUCGGUCACUGUGCCCAAGAUGCUGGAGAAUCUUCAGUCUCAGAAGAAAACUAUCUCAGUAGAGGGCUGCCUGACUCAGGUCUUCUUUGUGUUUUUUGCUGCAGGAACUGAAGCCUGUCUGCUCUCAGUGAUGGCCUAUGACCGCUAUGCCGCCAUCUGCCACCCACUGCUCUAUGGGCAGAUUAUGAGUAAAUCACUGUAUAUGCAGCUUGUGUGGGGCUCGUGGGGACUGGGCUUUCUGGACGCACUCAUCAAUAUCUUCCUAACUAUGAAUAUGGUCUUCUGUGAGGCCAAAAUCAUUUCCCACUACAGCUGUGAGAUGCCCUCUCUCCUCUCUCUGUCUUGCUCUGAUAUCUCCAGAAACCUCAUUGCCUUGCUCUGCUCUACUAUCUUGCAUGGGCUGGGAACUUUCCUUCUGGUAUUCUUAUCCUACGCCCGUAUUAUCGCCACCAUCCUGAGCAUCAGCUCUACCUCAGGCAGAAGCAAGACCUUCUCCACCUGUUCUUCCCACCUCACUGCAGUGACACUUUACUAUGGUUCAGGUUUGCUUCGCCAUCUCAUGCCAAACUCAGGUUCCCCCAUGGAGUUGAUCUUCUCUGUGCAAUAUACUGUGAUUACUCCUAUGCUGAACCCCCUCAUUUACAGCCUGAAAAACAAGGAGAUGAAGGCGGCUUUGAAAAGAACUUUGGAAAAGUAUCUGCAAAACAUCAGGUACUAA